AUGUCAAUUCGUUUUAAUUUUCAAUUUCCAUUAAAUCACUCAACAACCAACAACCACACUCUUUUAUAUGUUCAAUCGAACAGCAAUAGAACAACAAAUUCAAUCCCUUAUUUCGAUCAUCAACCAAUCUUUACCAUCAAUAAUAAUAAUAAUAAUAAUAAUAACAACAAUAAUAACAAAAAUAUUAACAAAAAUACAAAUAAUAAUAAUAACAUCACAACAACAAAUAAUAAUAAUAAUAAUAAUUAUUCUCUCAACUCUUUUGGCUUGAAUCAUUCAAAUGAUACAAUAAGACAACAAUCAUCACCAAUCAAUCUUGCAAUCCUCGCCGAUCCCUCCGUAAUCCACAUUCACCAAUCAAUCCACUCUCCACACUCUGUCAAUCCACUCACCGCACUCAUUAAUCGAUCAUACAAAAAUAAUAAUAACAACAAAAACACUACCAACUCAUCAUCAUCAUCAUCAUCGUUUUCAUGCUUCAACCAUGUUGAAACAUUCAUCUCAGCCAACAAACAAACAAAUAAUAAUCCAUUAAUUCAUCCAACAUCCAACUGUUUUGGAACCAAUCAUUCAAAUCAUACAACAAUACAACAACAAUCAUCAUCACCAACCAAUCAUACAAUCCUCACCUCAAUCCACACUCACAAAUCAACUCACAACAAUCAAUAUUCACAAAUCACUCCACCAUCCUCAAAUAAUAAUAAUAAUAAUUCCUUUUCAUCUAUUCACUCAUUAUUAUCCAUUAAUACAGAUUUUAUUGUGUCCCAAUGUCAAUCACAACCAUUAAAUUCAAAUCAUUCAACAACCAACAACCACGAUCAUCAACAAAUCGAAAUCAUUUCCAUUCACUCAUCCAUGUCACACAUUCCAUUAAACUCUAGUGAUGUUUUGUUUCAUUGUCAAUCACCAAAUCAUUCACCAACCACCAACAAUCUUAAUUUAGAUCAGGAGGAAGAGGAGUCUGUUCAAUUGAACAACAACAUCAAUACAAUCUCAGUUUUAUAUUUCAACCAAUCGAUACUCAUCGAUAAUAAUAAUGAUAUUUCAUUCUUCAUUGGCCAUCACCAUCCAACAAUCAACCACAUUCUUUUAGACAAGGAGGAGUCUGUUCAAUUGAACAGCAACAGUAGCAGUAGCAGCACAAAUUCAUUAACAUGUUUAGACCAAUCAAUUCUUCUUUAUAGUAAUCAAUCUAAUAAUAAUAAUGAUUCUUCAUUAAUUCAUUCGUCAUCCAUUUCACCAAAUCAUUUCAAUUCAUCCACAUCAUCAAACACAUCAUAUAUAUCAAAUAUAAUCAAAUCAACAAGAUCAAUUGCAAGCCCAUUUAAAUCAGGACAUUCCAACAUUUCAAGAUUAAAAAACAACUUGGUAACAAAUAACAACAAUAAUAAUAACAACAUUAAAUUAAAAAAUACAAAUAACAACAAUAAUAAUAAUAAUAACUAUGCCAACAACAACAACAUAUCAUCAUUCUCAUGUUUCAACCAUGUUGAAUCAUUCAUCUCAACCAACAAACAAACAAAAAAUAUUAACAACAACAAUAACAAUAAUAAUAAUAACAACAAUAAUAAUAACAACAAUAAUAAUAAUAAUAACAACAACAAUUAUUUCUCUUCCAAAGACAGACAACCCAUUCAUUGUUCACCAACCAAUAAUAAUCGUAAUAAUAUUACAAUCUUUGCCAAUCACUUUAAUCCACAGUCAUUAAAUAAUACAAAUAACAAUAAUAACAAAAACUACAUUAAAUUAAAAAAUACCAACACCAACUCAUCAUCAUCAUCAUCAUCAUCAUCAUCAUCAUCAUCAUCAUUCUCAUGCUUCAACCAUGUUCAAUCAUUCAUCUCAACCAACAAUCAAUCAAAAAAUAUUAACAACAACAAUAACAAUAAUAAUAACAACAAUAAUAAUAAUAACAAUAAUAAUAAUAACAACAAUAAUAACACAAGACCAACAAAUAAUAAUAAUAAUAACGAUUAUUCCUCCUACAUAGACAGACAACCCCCUCAUUGUUCACCAACAAAUAAUAUCAUUCCAAUUACAACAAAGAAUAAUCAUAAUAAUAUUACAAUCUUUACCAACCACUCCAAUCCACAAUCCUCAUUCACCAAUCAAUCAUUCAUUCAUCACCAAUCCGCUAGACAGUCGCCCGGCCCAGUGAUCAAGAGUACCAGUUUCCAAGCAACAAUCACCAUUCGUAGACCAACAUAA